AUGGGUGAAGUGGACGAUGAGGUCAAGAGGAGCAUUAAGAGGGCCAAACAAGGUGCAAUCAAAAUUCUCGAAGGAGGACAUAGGUCUCACCGCGAUUUCGCCAGAGGAAUGAUAAGGGUUGAUUCGAUUCAGACAUUCAGUGCCUCCGUGAACAACAAAUUUGACGGUCACUUCAGUCGAGGUUCUAUGGGUGGAGGUUUUUAUAGUGAGAGAAGAACUGAAGGGGGCGGAGCGUUACUUGUGGAGUUAAUGCCGGCCAUUAAAUUCCGGAAGAGAAGGAGCUCUAUAAUGGCAGCAGGCGGAAUGUAG